GGGAAUAAAAUCAGCAGUGUUGAUAUUACAAAAUGACAAAACAUCCUCCGAAUAGAAGAGGGAUCAACUUUGAGGUGGGAGCCCAGUUGGAAGCCCGUGACAGAUUAAAAAACUGGUAUCCAGCUCACAUUGAAGAAAUUGAUUAUGAAGAAGGAAAAGUACUUAUCCAUUUCAAACGCUGGAACCAUAGAUACGAUGAAUGGUUUUGUUGGGACAGUCCUUAUUUGCGUCCCUUAGAGAAAAUACAGUUAAGAAAAGAAGGAUUACAUGAGGAAGAAGGUUGUGCAGGAUUUCAUAUAAAUGAUCAGGUAUUGGCAUGCUGGUCCGAUUGUCGCUUCUAUCCAGCCAAAGUUACUUCUGUUAACAAAGAUGGUACAUACACUGUGAAAUUUUAUGAUGGUGUAGUUCAGACUGUCAAAAACAUUCAUGUCAAAGCUUUUUCCAAAGAUCAGAAUAUUGUGGGUAAUGCUAAGCCUAAGGAAAGAGGUAAUGAAAUUCCGUCAUCUCCUGAAAAGCGGGAGAAAUUUAAAGAACAGAGGAAAGCAACAGGUAAUGCAAAGAAAGACAAGGAUGAAAAGAGACUAAAGACUGAGAAAAGAGUUAAGCAACCUGAUAAAGAAGGAAAAUUGAUAGUCAUCUCAGAAAAAGGCAAGGUCUUAGAAAAGAAUAUAUCUAAGAAUGGAAAAGAAGAUAAAGAGAAUAUAUCAGAGAAUGAUAUGGAAUAUUCAGUAGAUAAACAAAUUGAGAAGAAGCCUGAGAAUGACAAUGUGAAGAGUCCACAGGAAAACGCAAAAGAAACUAAACGAAAACGUGGAAGACCGCCGAUAACACCUCCAACAGUAGAGCCAAGUUCUCAGACGCUGCAGCCCAUAACUUUGGAGUUAAGACGUCGGAAAAUACCUAAAGGAGGUGAAGUUCCGUCGAAGCGUCCCAGAAUUGAAAAAAACUUGUCUCAGGAAAAAUUGAAGAACUCUUCAGAUAACCCUGAAAGAGACCAGGUCAGGAGACGAUCUUCAAGACUCUCGUCUAGUAUUAGCCAUGAGAUUUUAAAUACAGAUCAUGUCACAACUUCAGCAGAAAUCCAGCCUUCAAAAGAUGCAGUAUUUAACCAAAAGGAAUCAGAGAAGGUCCAGUUAGAAGUUCCUGUUGAAUCUGACCAAAGUUUCAGUGAACAAGGAUCUCCUGGAAACACAUCACAUAGCACAUCACUCAGUACGGAUGCCAGUUUACAGGAGGAAAAAGUUGAAGACACUGAGUCUUCCGGUGUUACUGUCGGAACUGAAGAACCUGCUGGUGCUACAGUAACAAAACCUUGUAGGAGAGCAAAUUUUCUUGCAUCAUUAAAAGCUGCAACUGUUGAUCAAGAUCACAAGUUUAAAUGCAAGUUCUUGGACUGUUCAAAAUCCUUCCGCAAAGCCAAGUUAUUGCAUUAUCACAUGAAAUACUUUCAUGGAGUGGAGAAAGCUGCAGAAUCACAGCAGAACCCCGUAAAAAGAAAUAUUCAAACCAGAGCUUCUUUGGCCUCUGAAAAAGCUAAUCAAGAAAGGUCAAAAAGAGGACGGACCACAGCUGGUUCAUUGUCUGUUAAAGACUAUGAGAAGAACAAAGAAAGAAAAUCCAAAGACUAUGGAAGGUCCAAGUCAAAGAAAAAGAAAAAAAAGAAAAAGAGAACUCAGUCUGAAUACUCUGGCAGUGAAGAAAACACAGAUAUUUCACAGGAGCUUUCUCCUGAAAAAUCAGUUGUCACAAAAUGUCUUUCUUCAAAUAAAUCAUCUGCCCACCCAAGCACACUGCUACACUGCUCUGAUUCUGGACAGCACAGAGGAAAAUCAAAAACAAACGAGGAGGACACCCUGAGUGAGUCAUCUAUGGAUAGCUUGCUUUGGAGUGAUGAUGACUGCAGUCAGGAUGUUGAUGUAACCACUAACCCUGACGAAGAAGUUGAAGAAAGUGAUUUUGAGAUUGUUCGGUGUGUUUGUGAAGUAAAAGAAGAAAAUGACUUCAUGAUUCAGUGUGAAGAGUGUCUGUGCUGGCAGCAUGGAGUCUGUAUGGGUUUACUGGAAGAUAAUGUACCUGAGAAAUAUACCUGCUAUAUUUGCCGAGAUCCUCCAGGUCAGAGGUCCAGCUUAAAGUACUGGUAUGAGAAGGAGUGGUUAAGUAAUGGUCACAUGCAUGGCUUAGCAUUUUUGGAAGAAAAUUAUUCCCACCAGAAUGCCAAGAAGAUAGUAGCCACUCACCAACUUCUUGGCGAUGUACAGAGAGUGAUAGAAGUACUGCAUGGACUGCAGCUGAAGAUGAGCAUAUUACAAAAUAAAGAACAUCCUGACCUAAAGCUUUGGUGCCAUCCAUGGAAGCACAUUACGGUGGAUGAAAAAAUUCAUACAAAGCACAUCAUUCACAUUGAGGAAGACUGUUGCAAAGAGGAGACGGCAAGUUACAGAACUUGGAAUGGGACAGUUGAGAAACCCUCAACCAUUCCUUCCAUGGAGGAAUCCUACAUUACAAGUGAACACUGUUACCAGAAGCCUCGGGCCUACUACCCUGCCAUAGAGCAGAGACUGGUUGUGGAAACGAGAGGUUCAGCCAUGGAUGAUGGAGUGAAUAGAAUAAGGGAAAACGGUGAUGAUGCCUUGUCAGAGAGAUUUGGCUGGAAUCUGGACCGAGAAAUAUGCAAGAUUGAAAAUGAACCCAAACACAAUUACUCUAAGGUAAGAGAGUCUGUCUCUAAGAAAGUCUCUCCAGAGGAAGCUAUUGAAAUGAAAUUGCUGGAAAAAGACAAAGAAGGAGUAGUGAACUCGCAGCUGCAGUGGCAGCUUAAUCUUUUAGCUCACGUGGAAUCUCUGCAAGAUGAAGUCAUACACAGAAUGGAUUUCAUUGAGAAGGAGCUAGAUGUUUUGGAGAGUUGGCUGGAUUAUACAGGAGAGCUGGAACCACCAGAACCACUAGCACGACUCCCACAGCUCAAACAUUGUAUAAAGCAGCUUAUAACGGACCUGGGCAAAGUGCAGCAAAUUGCACUUUGCUGCUCAACGUGAGACUAGAAAAUGUUGGAGACUGUUACUGAGUGUGAAGUUGGAGCAUCUGAUGUGAACAGCUCUGUAUAUUUAAAUGAAUUAGCAUGCUGGUUGCAUGGGAUGCAGAUUGACUUCAGGGAUUCGUGAAGAAGUACUGUUCAAAGAACAGCAAAA